UUCCCAUCGGCUGUCACCUUUCCCCCUAUUUUUGAAUUCACCAAAUUCUCUUUUUAAUUUAAAAAAUGGCCCCCUAAUUGAGUGAAGAUGAAAAAUAUGUGCGUAAGAAAUGAUGAGAUUUUGUAUGUUCUAAAGUGCAAAAAUGAAAUUUUUUUCUCAAGAUGGAAGAUUUUAAAAAUUAAAAAAAUAAUUAAAAAAAUAACAAAAAAUAAAUUUAACUAGUUUUUGCAUCAUGCUCAGACCCCAAAGAAUUAAUUAAAUUUUUAUUAUUUGAUUUUAUUCUUAUCAGUUUUUUUGUAAAUUUUAUCAACCAUUUUAUAUUUCAUUCUCAUAUAAUAUUGUUAAGCCUAUCAAAAUUGAUUUUUCUUCCAAUUCAUUGAAUAAUUUGAUAAAAUACUUUUUGAUCCAGAUUUUUUAAAUUUUCAAUUUAAAAUUUUCCUAAAAUGAAUCUUUGGAAACGAGAUGAGCCAAAGAUUGAUGAAAGAUCGUGGUUAUUUGACUCAUCCUCGUCUUUAUCAAAAUUACCAACAAUUCCUAAACAAAAUCCUAGUGCUUAUGGAACAUGUCGUGAUGGAAUGUUAAAUGAUCAGGAAGUUGAUAAAGGAAGAGGUACAAAAAAGAAGGGUGGCGUGAAUAACGGAGAUCAGAAGCGAUCGCAAUUGUUAUUAACAGUCCAACCAACUAUUAGAAUUAAACAAACAAAUGACCAGCAACAUAGAAUAGGUAGAAUAUUUUAUUAA